AUGGCGGGUGCAGAGCAGAAGUCGUUCCUCGGGACACUUACUCCAUGGAGUACACCAAGAAGUGCAACCCCAACACCGCAGCCUGGUGAUCACCAAAAACAAGAUGUACUGCAGCGAUCGCAAGGGGAGGACCACACGGUGACCCACAUGCAUCGAUUAAGCAUGCGACGCUAUCCUCCCGACUGCCCUCCAUUGAAAGUCAGGUGGUUCUACGCAGUGGACUCGCCCAAGCGGAAACCAUCCAUUAUAGGACAGAAAAAGGCAGACCAAAAGCCCUUGCCAUCGCCGAAGAAAUUCAUUCCUUUUCCAGGGAAAGACUCCCAGUCCAUCGAAACGACGUUUCAGAAACUCUCAGACAUUGAAGAUGCCCGCCAACAAAACCAGUCAAACGACAGCGAACCUGUAUUGACCAAAGUUCCCGUGAAUGAGGAUUUUCUUUUCAAUGUCGAUGUGGAACAGCGUGAGUUGAGUCCUACCUACUGGAUUGGCCCUGUAUAUGAAGUCCGUCGUGGAACGUGGUUCAUUCAGGAUGGAUCUAGCCUAAAACCAUGCGAAGAAAAUCUUGCCACCCAGCUUGAAGAAGGCUAUAUCAAACUGUGUCCAUGGAGGUCCCAGCCAACAGAGCAGAAUUCGCAAACAAACGAAGAAGAUAGAUCUGGUCAGACCAAAACCGUGCCAACCAACACCUAUGAGCCAGAUCCCAAACCCCCUCAAUCAGCCAACCCGAACUCUCCUCCCCGCGGCACAGGGAACGAUUUCAACAGUCCUGGUCCUGCAAUGGAGCCUCAGCAGUAUCGUCUCUUUGGCGCUUACAUGAAUAGGAUAGUCGGUUAUCAAGAUUCCACGACGGCCUGGCUGAUGAACGAUGAUUUCAUGUCACGCUUCAGUACUUCGGUGUAUCAAAAGCUAGGAGGCGUUCCGGGAACGAAGUUGGUUCGCGGUUUUGAGCCCAGGAAGCCAAAAGAGACGCCAGAAGCAAAGGGUCCCAAACAAAAACCACUGAGCGAGUCAACGCCUGCCAGAGGUUUGAAUGAGGUCUUGAAGGAAAAGACAGAAAAAGCCACGGAUACCCUCAAGUCAACCUCCGCUGAUGGAUUCGAGAACUACGAAAGUAGACCGAAAUCAACAUUAGAACACCAAAUGUCCUCCCUUGCAGGCGAGCCACAAAAUCCAGCUGACCUCGAAGAACAGGCUCGUAGGCAGGAGGAACAGGAGAUGGAAGAGUCGAGGGACGUGGACGGUGCGGACAGAGAGCGCGAGGUUGAUCAUCUAGUUCUUGUCACCCAUGGAAUUGGCCAGCGACUCGGUUUACGACUGGAAAGCAUCAAUUUCAUACAUGAUGUAAAUGUGCUUCGCAAGACGCUGAAAACUGUCUACAAAGGUUCGCCUGACCUUCAAGCGUUGAACUCAGCGUUCCCAGACGGCGGUUCUUCCGGUAAGAUCAACUGCCGUGUGCAGGUGCUGCCAGUGUGCUGGCGCCAUCUUCUAGACUUUCCUUACCGAGGAGUUCGACAGAACAGAAAAGAACUGGAUCUCACUGAUGCAGACGCUCUCGAGGAUGAUGCUUACCCCAGCCUGUCCGAUAUAACACUGGAAAGUGUACCUGCUGUUCGAAACCUCAUUUCAGAUUUGGCUAUGGAUGUACUUCUGUACCAAAGCGGGUAUUGUGAACACAUCUCCAAUAUUGUCAUCCAAGAAUGCAAUCGAAUCGUCCGACUGUACCGGAAGCAAAAUCCUUCUUUCAAGGGAUCAGUCAGUCUCUGCGGCCAUUCACUUGGUAGCGCGAUUCUAUUUGACAUCUUGUGUCGCCAGCCGGGAACCAAUACCGGGCAGAAUGGUGCCUCCAAGGGAAUGGCCCAAGAGAGCGAUGGCUCCACCCCCAAGGGUUCAAGUGCGUUUGAUUUUGACUGCGAAGAGUUCUUUUGUCUGGGAUCCCCCAUUGCACUCUUUCAAAUGCUCAAGGGUAAGACGAUUGGAGGAUACUCUGCCUUGGAUCCCCGAAAUCGCAAAAGUCCUCUGGAUGUUGAGAUUGACUUGGACUCGCAUGGUCCUGGACUUGCGCUCAGCGACAAUCCCGGUAUCAUCUCAACACCAAAGUGUCGAGAUCUCUACAAUAUCUUCCAUCCUUCUGACCCGGUGAGCUACCGGGUCGAGCCUCUGAUAUCUCCAGCGAUGGCAAAACUGAAGCCUCAGCCUCUACCGUCGGUGAAGAAAAGCCUCUGGACGACCUCUGGCCAGAGUCUAUCCAUUCUCGGUAGCCGCAUGGGCCAAAGUGUGGGAUCCUUGUGGACAAAUUUCACCACGGGUGUCGCAAGCAGUUUGUUGAAUCGCAGUUUGGGUCUAAACGGCGAUGACGCCUUCCCGGCUGCUCGCACUUCUGGUAAACCAGGUGACGAAUCAACCCAUAGACGGUCACAGUCAGGCUCAGCUCAGCAUGGGUCCGAUGGAUCCGAUGACCACUAUCAGACAUUGAUUGAAUCCGAUCUGGAAACCCUUUACGAUGGUUUCCAAAAAAGCAGGAGUGCCCAUCAUGGCGAGAGUCCAGAUUCCGAUACCGACACUAACCAGGACCGGAGGCUGAAAUUCGAGGACGCUAAAGUGCGUGCCUUGAAUGCAAAUGGUCGUGUGGACUACAGCAUCCAAGAGGGAGCCUUCGAUAUUUCAUUAAUAGCCAGCAUCGCCAGUCAUCUCACGUAUUGGGGAGAUGAGGAUGUCAAUCACUUUAUGCUUUCCCAGAUGCUUUCUAGAAGACAAAGGCAUAAACAGAAACAAAAACAUAGAUGA